AUGUCUCAGGAAGAUUCUGGAGCUGAUACUAGCAAGAUGUACAUUUCGUACAAUAAUAUUCAUAAGCUUUGCCAAGAUGUAGCGAAAACUAUCAUGAAUAAAGGUGAAAGACCAGAUGUAAUCAUUGCUAUUACUGGUGGUGGUAUGAUUCCAGCCAGGAUAAUCAGAUCUUUUUUGAAAUCCAAGGGUCAAAAGAACAUUCCAAUCCAAGCAAUCGGUUUGUCAUUAUAUGAAGAUUUAGGUCUGGAUGAACAAGUUGAGACAAUUGGAAAAGAAGUUAUCAGAACUCAAUGGUUAGAUUUUGGUGCUUUGGACAAACAUUUUGAUUCUUUGAUCGGUAAGAGAAUUUUGAUUGUCGAUGAAGUUGAUGACACGAGAACUACCCUACAUUAUGCCUUGACUGAAUUGGAAAAAGAGGUUCAUGAGCAACAGGUGAAAUUGAACAGAUUGAGUGAGGAGACUACUUUCUCUAUCUUUGUUUUACACAACAAGGACAAGCCUAAAAAGGUUGAACUACCAAAAGAACUGUUCGACAAUGAAAGAUAUAUUGCAGCUGUUACUGUGCCUGACAAAUGGUUAUGCUAUCCAUGGGAAGCAAUUGAUAUUGAAGAACAUACCAAGUUUGCUAUCCAACAAGGUAAUAACUGA